CUGAAUACUAGUCCGUUAGGCUCCAGUAGCAGCAUCUACUCUGCACCAUGAACGCCGUUGCCAGAAAGCCAAAGCUAUGGAGAUUCUUCUUUCUGUUGGAAAAACAGAUGAUGUUUUUCCCCAUUUUAAUUCUGCUCAUAAACCAGGCCUCUAAAAUGAACGCGGAGGACGGCGCCAUGGAGGAACUGGCAACUGAGAAAGAGGCUGAAGAAAGUCAUCGACAGGACAGCGUGAAUUUAUUGACAUUUAUUUUACUGCUGACAUUAACAAUUCUUACCAUUUGGCUUUUCAAACACCGAAGGGUUCGUUUUCUCCAUGAGACGGGGUUAGCAAUGAUAUACGGUCUUUUGGUGGGUGUCAUUCUGCGGUAUGGGAUCCCAGCUACAAGCUACCACAACAAGACCCCACCCAGCUGUUCCCUGAAGGAGGGACCAGUCUCUACGCUGUUACUCAACGUCAGUGGCAAGUUCUUUGAGUACACACUGAAAGGGGAGAUCAACUCCAGAGAGAUACACAACGUGGAGCAGAAUGACAUGCUGCGCAAGGUGACAUUUGACCCGGAGGUUUUCUUCAACAUAUUGCUCCCUCCAAUCAUUUUCCAUGCUGGAUAUAGUCUGAAAAAGAGACAUUUCUUCAGGAACCUGGGCUCCAUCAUAACCUAUGCCUUCCUGGGAACAGCCAUCUCCUGCUUCGUCAUCGGGAAUCUGAUGUAUGGAGUGGUCAAACUGAUGCAGUUCGUAGGACAGCUCACUGACAAGUUCUACUAUACAGACUGUCUGUUCUUUGGUGCCAUCAUCUCAGCCACAGACCCAGUGACGGUGCUGGCCAUCUUCAAUGAGCUCCAUGCAGAUGUGGAUCUUUAUGCUCUGCUGUUUGGAGAGAGUGUAAUGAAUGACGCGGUGGCCAUCGUCCUCUCCUCAUCUAUUAUGGCCUAUCAGCCAGCGGGAGCGAACACGCACACGUUUGACACAGCCGCCUUCUUCAAGUCUGUGGGGGUUUUCCUGGGCAUCUUCAGUGGCUCCUUUGCCAUGGGGGCUGUUACAGGGGUGGUUACUGCUCUCGUAACCAAGUUCACCAAGCUGCACUGUUUUCCCCUGCUGGAGACGGCACUCUUCUUCCUCAUGUCCUGGAGCACCUUCCUAUUGGCCGAGGCCUGUGGGUUCACAGGUGUGGUGGCUGUGCUGUUCUGUGGGAUCACUCAGGCCCACUACACCUACAACAAUCUGUCUGAGGAGUCCACUACGCGCACCAAGCAGCUGUUUGAGGUCCUCCACUUCUUAGCGGAGAACUUUAUCUUUUCCUACAUGGGACUGGCACUGUUCACCUUCCAGAACCACAUCUUCAGCCCAAUUUUCAUAAUUGGGGCCUUUUUAGCCAUCUUUAUUGGACGGGCCUCCAACAUCUACCCCCUGUCCUUCCUGCUCAACCUGGGCCGCAGACACAAGAUCGGGGGGAACUUCCAGCACAUGAUGAUGUUCGCAGGCCUGCGGGGGGCGAUGGCAUUUGCCCUGGCCAUUAGAGACACAGCGACUUACGCCCGGCAGAUGAUGUUCACCACCACCCUCCUCAUCGUCUUCUUCACGGUCUGGGUGUUUGGUGGAGGCACCACCCCCAUGUUGUCAUGGCUACACAUCAGAGUUGGGGACAUCAACAAUGCCUCUGCAGAAGACAAGGAGAUAUUACGUCAUCGACACCAUAAACUUUGGCAGUAUGUCAGGGUUGGCGUUGACCCAGAUCAAGACCUGCAACAAUGUGGAGAUAACUUCCUGGUCUUACAAGGGGAUGGAACAGUGCCAGAUGGAAGUAAGACCAGACAGGAGAGUGCCUGGUUGUUCAGGCUGUGGUACACCUUCGAUCACAACUACCUGAAGCCCCUGCUCACUCACAGCGGUCCACCCCUGACCAGCACCCUGCCGGCUUGCUGUGGUCCUCUGGCACGAUGCCUCACCAGCCCGCAGGCCUACGAGAACCAUGAACAGCUGAGAGACAACGACUCUGACCUGAUCCUGAAUGACGGCGACCUGACGCUGACGUACGGUGACACGGCCAUCACGUCUAACGGGGCGUCCAGCAGCGGGGGGGACGCAGCGGGGGGUUCUGAUGGGGGUCGGGGGGUCAACGGGAAAAGGAGCGGCAGCACAUCUGAGGAGGCACUGGAAAGAGAGAUGGACCAGGAAUUCCUGUCCCGCGGGACACGCCUCGUCUUCCCCAUUGAGGACCAUGCCUGACCCCUGACCCCUACAUGAAGACCCCUCACCCUCUACUAAGCACACUUCACCCCUGCAGACUAGAGGGAGAAAAGGGGAGCUGGAUUGGUUUUCCUCCUGUCCUGAGGGAGGAGCAUAGGAAAGAGGCAUUUCAUUCUCAUAUCUGACCUCUGACCUGUAGCUGAGGAGGGGAACGGGAUGACGCGUCGUCUCCUCAGAGAGAAGCGGUUAAAACGCCACGUGAUGCUGUGAUACUGUGACUCCAUUUUGUUUCUUUACUCCACUGUGCUUAACAGGAAUCCCUGCUUAGGUUAUACGUUGAGGGAAAUGCAAUCACUGUCUGGAGUGAGAAGGUUUAGUUGAAAUGACAGUUGACAAGUUGUAUGAUGUCAAUAUGUCUGUCAUUGUAUUGUGUUUGGUUUUGUGUCUGUGUCCAUCAUGGCUGCCAGAAGGCUGAGUGGUCACAGGGCUGACUGAAUAAAUGCCAAACUGACUGUCUGAUUAAAUAAUUGUCUGACUGACAGAAUAACUGGCUGGCUAGCUGAUCAGCUAAUAACUGUCUGUUUGACUGACUGUUCGGGUGACGGAGUGCCCACAUCCACUGCCAGCCAGUCAGUUAUUGAGUCGCGUCUAGGCUUCACAUUGUCUCAACUCUCACUGUUAGACCAGAGAUUUCUUCAGACUUCAACUUGUUAUUGUCUACAUCAGUGUUCUGUCAGUAAUGAAGUAAAACAGUGAAACAUCUGUGUGUGUGUGUGUGUGCGCGUGUGUGUGGACAGCUGAGAGUUAUGUUACACUGAAUGCUUUGUUUUUUGAGGGGGGGUACUAGGGGCUACUAGCUAGUAGUGUGUGUAGGGGGGCACAAUGACUGCCUCUGUUUCAAUCAGUUCUCUACUCUAAUCUGCAGUUCACUAGAUCACAUGACAGGAAAUCAUUCUAUUUGUGUUCUUGGUGAUCGGUCGAGCCCAAGCAUCAUCCAUCCAACGUGUCUUUACUGAGCGGAUCUUUAGAAAACAGGCUGGACCAAGCUGUCUGUCUUCACUGGACUGUACUGUUCCACAGCCAGGCAGACAGACAGACACUGCUCUCCCUCCUUCCUCGCAGUUCUAGAAACAGUCGAGAGCGUUCGUCAUUACUCAACCCUUCCUGUCUACUACUAAUAUUAAGUUUAAAGGGGCCAAAUAGUUCCCCCUUCCUCCAGAAGUGUGCACUUCUCCUUACUAACGUGAAACCAUCUCGUUCACUACUCCCCACUAGUCUUAUGGGCUGGGUGCACUUCCAUGUCCCUGGCAGAGCUCCUAUCAGCUGUGAACAGUGGCGAUAUCGCAAUGUACGAGGCAGCUGUUGCAUUCGUCUCUUCUUUACGGUGAGCCUGGGGCAUGUCCUAAUAAUAUACCGGUAUUCUCCUGAUGUUUGCACUCGCUUGCUUCUUCCCACAAACCUAAAAGCAUCGGGUUGGUUUUGGCACAGGCUAGAGGAAGUCUCUAUAUUUCACAUUAAAGUUUCCGAUUAGUGAAGGGAAGUGAACAAUUUUGGGAGGAACUAGAGAGUAUUGCUCGUGGUACUGUCCAGUUUUGCACCAGAGGAGACAAAUGUAGCCAGGACGUAAGCAUUGUGGAGCUGGGCUCAUCAGCAUGUCCUGUGGGGGUUCUGUUUUUAGCAGGAUCAUUGGUCUUAUUGCCUCCAAUUAUAUUGCUUGGGAAAAUGCUAGUUAUGUGAGCUUUUUAAUAGUUAAAAUCAAACAAAAUCCUCCCUUUUGAAAUUCGCUGGUGUUUUUGUGUGUGUGUGUGUGUGUAAUACUGCAUGUCAGUAUAAAGGGGUGGGUGGAGGAAACCUGGGGUUGUAUGUCAGUAUAAUAGCGUGGGUGAAGCAAGGCGGGGUUGCGGACUGGAUGACAGCCACAUUGUCCCUGUUUAAGCUGUGAGGAGAGGAGGAGGACAGCAGUGCUGUUGCACAGUAUGACGUCAAAACAAUCUCAGAUGGUCCAUUGUUCCCUAGUGUGUCCAAAGCACUGGUAAGAAGUAGUGAACAGCUCUGGUUGAAGGCAAUGCUACAUAGGCAGUCUCAGCUCAGUUAUAUGGGGGUUAUAGAGAGUUUGGGGAUCUUUACAGUCUUAUUGGUUUAUAAGGUUGUAGAGGUUUAUAAAUGGUUGGGGGGGGUUAUACGGUUGUAAUGUUACAGGGGCUUAUGUAGUUGUUUAAGGUUAUAUGUUCGUAAAGUAUUGGAGUGUUAUAGAGGGUAAUGGCUCUGCAGGGUUAUAGGGUAUCAUAGUGGUAUUGGGUAUUUACAGGGUUAUAGGGUCUUUGACCUGCUAUAAGGAGGGUUGGGACGGAGUGUGACGCGUAAAACUGAGCUGAGAAGGUCUGAUCACAACCCGAAGAUGUGAAGUUUCACGUGUGCUUGAUUGGUCCUCGUCUGUCUCAAUUUGCCAAUGGAAUAGACCAAAAACGUAAAAGCCCCAGCAUCUUGGCCUGCUCGCAGUGGUUUAAAGAGCACAAUCAACCAUGACUGUGUUUACAGAGAAUGAUCCUCUCAUCUCAGCAUCUCUGCCUCUCCCUGUCUAACCACCUAGGAAGCUGGUGGCUGAUCGGUUGGUUAGUUGGCUGACAGAUUGGUUAGUUGGCUGACUGCGUGAACCUCAGAAUGCCUGCUUGCAUGUUAAUGAUGUCAAACAACCUUCCCCCUACUGCCCGGGUUUAGAAAGGCAGGCUAAACUAUGAAGAUUCCCAGAUGUUAAUUUCAUCUGUAUAUUCAUUGUGAAAGGACAGACAUUAUUUUCCUAGAAUGCCUGUUUAAACUAUUAAUUAAGUGGAAACUAUAUGAAUGUUGAACCAGAACAGCUGCUGACAGCAGACCCGGCUUGGUUGGAGAGGCCCCAUUUACCACUGAGGGGUACUGAUCUGUGGGUCGGAGGGGUCAGGGCUGAGGCCAACACUGCCCUUCACCCAUGGAUCCAGACGAGUGCUUUAUUGUGCAUGGCUGCAGAAAGAAACGGCAGAUUACACGUGUGGCACUUUGACCCUGAGCAGGACUGACGGACGUGCCCCCUGUGACACCAGAAGUGGUGUCCUAUCAUGGGGAAUAGGGAGCUGUAUUUGAUGGCCAAUAAGUCUGCCUCAGAGCACCACAGUCAUGUGUCCUCCUUCCCUCUCUCUCCCAGGCCUGGAAUCUCGUUAGAAGGGCUGGCGACAGAUCUAGGAUCUGUUUGGCCUUACAGAUAUUAAUAUGUGACGUGUACAUGAACAGGCUGGAUCUGACCCUGGGUGAGCACUUUUUGAAUGUGUUAAGUCCUGUAUAGUCUAAGAGUCCCUCUGGCUUCUCUUCACUUAGUCUGUCUGUCCGUCUUAGACACACUAUCAUGUAGCUAACUGUAAAUAUCAUUAUAAUAAUGAAACUGUUGUCUGCAAUAGCAACACAUGGCUGCCAAGUUUUACUUGCGAUGUUCUGCAUGUUGAUCUGUCAAUAAAUUACAAUUGUAAAUCCUUUAGUAA